AUGUAUCUUGCUCGACCGGUACAGAUGGGUCAGCAUAGUUUGGCUCGUAACACUUCAAAGUCGAGAGCGCCACCUCCUCCACCAGCAGCACCACCGCCACCUGAGCUACCGCAAAAGUUGAAGCCGAAAUCGAAGCCAGCUCCUCAGUUGGUAACGGUGAAGCCUGUAUUUGAUCGAGACAAGCUUUUGGAUGAAGUUCGUUGUGGUGUGCAACUGAGGCACACACUUACCAACGACAAAAGCGCACCGACUGGCGUUGGACGUGUACGAAGUGGUGGUUAUUCACCUCCACCUGAUUCUGUCGCUUCCACUUCUACUUAUAAUAGUCGACCGGAUGCUAAGAAACCUGUUUUUUAUGGAAAAAAUAUCGAAAAUACAGAUGUACCGUUGGUACCACCAGCACCACCACCCCCAAAAGCACCUCCGGCUGUAGCUCUGCUAAAACUUGGCGGUGGUGCCAAUUUUGACCGCGAUAAGUUGCUCAACGAAAUUCAUGGCGGUGUACAACUGCGCAAAACUGUAACCAAUGACCGAAGUGCACCUAUCGGUGUCGGAACUGUCCGUAAUGAUUUAAGUCGUGCAGCAUCUCCCAUUCCAGAAACAGCUGUGUUAUCAAACUCAGCAACACAUCUGGAUGUUACAUCUGUUCCACCACCGCCUGUACCACCUCCACCGUCACCGGAUUUCUUAUCAUCCCAAGUGCACCAAAACAAAAUUGUGAAACCAGUCACGAAUCCGGCACUGCUAAAACUUGGCGGUAAGCAGCCGAUAGACCGCGAUGCACUGUUAGCAUCAAUACGAGGUGGUGUUAAAUUACGUAAAGUAGAAACCAACGAUCGUAGUUCACCGUUUCCAGUCAGCCGCGACGUAUCUCCAGAUCAUCAUGCUCCAUUAGAACCUGUCGGGGCACCUCCGCCACCUCCGUUACUUGUACCACCACCACCUCCGAUUCCAUCCGCAGAACCCAUCCGACGUUCACGAUCUCCAAAACCAGCAUUGAUGAAACUAGGCGGUAAAGUUACCGUGGAUCGAGAUGAGUUGUUACGUUCCAUACGGCAAGGCGUAAAGUUAAGGAAAACGGUUACAAAUGACAAAAGUUCUGCGAUAAUCAAUGACGAUGAUUCCGGCGUAAGGUCUCCAGGACGAUCGUCACCUUCGACGUCAAAUUAUGAAGAUGACGUUUACUGUAGCCAAAGCCUGAGCGACCUUUCCAGCAUUGGUACUUCAAGGUUUAGCUCUCUUUCAAAUAUUCCUCCUGAAAAAUCGAACGACUUAUACUUUGCUUCACCAGUUGUUCCGGAAGCUAGUGGCAGACUAGGUGCCACAUCAACCUCUCAUAGCUCAUCGUCUACAAAAUCACCAUUAAAUCUAUUACCACUGAUCAAUGUUAGUAUUGAUGUCGUGAAUUAUGAUGAUGAAGAUAUUGUGGAAUGCGAACCGGAAACGAUAACAUUGCAAUUGCCGGAAAAGCGAAAAGCUGAUGAAUGCUAUUCAUCACCGAUACCAACUCGUAAACAGAUUGAAGCUGAAAUUCCAGCUGGUUCGGCCCGUGAUCGAAUCAAAAUGUUUGGUGGUAGUGACCGAGAGGCAUCGCACAGCCCUGUACAAAGUUUAAAUCGGUGCAGGAAAUUAGAUGGAGAAGUAGACAGUAAUGAAUUUGGUAUUUCUCGGAUGAGAAAACUUUUUGGUGACACAACCGUAGAACAGCCAACCGUGUCUGCUUCUUCAACAAGACAUACUGAAGAACAUGAACAAGCGAUGCCAACUGCAAAUGAAAGUAGCAUUCGAAAAAUGGUUCGUAAAUUUUCCACCGAUGAUGACACCAACAAAGCUUCUCAACCUAUUUGGUGCCAGAAAAAAGGGGAGAAAAUGGUGGAAGAGGAGAAAAAAAUACCGCCGAUAAAACAAAAAACUUCAAAUACCAAAAGUUCUAUGAGAAAGAAAUCGGGUACGAAAGGAUCAAAGUUACGACGAAAAUCAUCUGUUAAAAAUGAACAACCAAUAGCAACGUCCAAAAAAACCUAUGCAGCACCGGCGAGAGCUGAUGAAAUAAUCUUAGCAGAUCAAUCCUCUGAACCAGAAAAGGAAGUAGAAGGACGAAAUAAUCAUUUAAUACGGGCUGUGCCAAAAGUUGAUAUUUCUAAAUUUAAGGAACGAUUCGAGAAUCCACCAGAAGCUCAUUUAACAUCCGAAGAAGCAGUCAAACCAGGCCGAAUUAAGAAGCCACCAUGGAUUAAGGAUGAUGAAUCACAGCCACCUCCAUCAUCUCUAGGUAUUAUUCGUAAAGUUGAAGAGCCCUGUCGAUCUUCACGUAAAAAGGCUGUUGAAUCGGAUGAAAUGAAGAAUUCAUCGAAGACAACAACGAUCACAAAGCCAAUUCAUAAGCAGAAUUCAUUGGAUUAUGAAGAGUCUUCCGAAUCUUUGCAUACUUCAACGUCAACAAGAAAUAGUUCAACUGGUACCUCUAAGAAGAUUGCAUCAGGUUUGAAAAAGAACGAUAAAAUAUCACCGCUAAUUAAGUCUUCCAAGAAAGACAUAAUAAAUGCAUCGAUAGUUGAAGAGGAAACGACAAUACCAACACGAGAAGGUGUUGGACCGUAUCGUUACACCCGAAAAAUUAGUGCUACCGAUAAAAAACCAGUAAUGAAGAAAAAUUCUAUCAAUUCAAAGGAAACAUCAGCAUUUAACAGUGGAAAUUUACUAAAUUCGAUACCAAAACCAUUCGGAACUAAUUUUUCCACUACCGGUCAAACAACUACCAUUGGUGUAGAUGAUAAGAAAGAUGAGUCAAAGGUAGCAUCAAAUAAUCGACAUUUUGUUUCGAAGAAUAAAAUUCAAUCAAAAGCAUCAGUAGAUCGAGAACAUGACGAAGUGUUCGAUGACAAAACGUCAAUAAAUUCUCUCAAUACUAAAACAACUUCGGAAAGAAUUGAUGGUAUACAUUAUGCUAAUGUUGGUGUAGCUGUGACAAAGGUAUAUGCGGUACCAAUUAACAAUAUCUCAUGGAAUCAUUCAGAUAAUGGUCACUUUAUGUCCACUCCUUCUCUCAACAAUGGCAAUACAUAUGGUAAUUUGAAGCAAAAUAAUAAUUAUUGCAUAUCUUCAACAACAACGAAGACAAAAUCUUGUAAAUACCCUGAUAAUCUACGAAAGUAUCAGUCAUAUACACAACAACAACAAAAACUUUCUCUACCACCGCGGGAAUAUAAUGGAAUGAUCGGUCGUGCACAUCGAGUGAUUGUUGGAGUUAGUGAAUCACACUCGAAGAUGACAACAAUAUCAAAAAGCUUUCAACAACGGUCUUUUGAUGAUAAUAUCCCAAUUGCUUGUCAACAACAACAACAACAACAGCAGAAGCAGAAGAAGAAGCAUGAGCAGCAACAAGACGAACAUCAUCUUUUUCAUCAGAAUUAUCGCUUUCAAAUUGAUUUAGAAAAUGACCAAGAACCACUUCGUAUAGUGCAUAGGUGA